GAUUUUCAGAAAAGUAAAACUAUUACUGAUUAUUUACAUUAUUGUGAUGACAAUAGCAAGCAUUGUGCUGCUUAAUUGUGACACCAUCGAUAGAACCGAUCGAAUUCCACUGAUCCGAGCAGCAAUGGUGUCAUCCUACCCCAACGAUUUAAGACUUUGGACCGAGGAGAUUGCAAUGACCAAAGCCUGGGUCUUCAUGAUAGACGAUGAUGAUGCUGAAGGAGUUCCAGUAUCAUCCUUUGAAGCCUGGCGUUGUGAUGAUGAGGUCUUCAAGAAGUUUUGCGAUUUUGGCGCCAAACUUCUGGUGCUCUGGGCCAGGUCUGGAUCCCUCAAGAACCUUUCAAUCGCCGAGGACAUAAUUCGACGAUCAUUGAUAACCAUGAGAAAGUUCGAGUACCUGCUCCCGAAUCCUUGGGGAGAAAACUGGUACGCGUUCAGCGUAACAUUACCCAAAUUACUGUCAAUGUACAUCUACCUGGGAGACAUCGAAGAGCUGAAGCGCGAGUGCUGUAGGCUGAUGAUGAAACUGGUUACCAAGUUAGACAGGUCGCUCAGCGUUAAUAGAAACGGGAUGAACGUUGCAUACCUAGGAAUCCCGCGUCUCUGCGCGACGUACUACUUCGAGAAAAAAACCUUCGAGCAAGACACCCAAGAGAAUGAGAAUCCAUUCAUCAAACUCAAGGAACAGUUCAAUGUUAAUUUAAACAGAAGCCCCGCGAUUUUCGACGGAGUUUACGGAGACGGCACCUGCAUUGAGCACAAGAACGUUGCGACUUUUUCUUAUUUUGUAACAUUGGACGGGUUUUACGAGUCUGUGUACCACGCACUGGGUCUCCUUUCGAAUGUCAGAGACAUAGCAAACCUCAUACUCAGCAAAGUUCUGCAUCCCGACAUUCCUUGGCUUCCCUUUGGGCUCUUUGGUCGAACGGGCGACAGGUAUCGCGGCAAACAAUGGUGGAACAUCACCGGGACCAAGGAAGGAAUUGAGCUGAUGCCUUUCGCAGGAGUCGCCGUGUUCAAAACUCCGGAGUCCAUGAUCUCCAUUCGGGUCCAACGACCUGGCUUCACUGCUUACGAGACAGACAAUGCGGCAAAGGGUGAGUUUGCUCUAGGGUGGAUCCAGUUGCGCAGGAUUUACAUCAAGGGCGUUGACUACCCACGCGAACUUAAGUGGGAUGUCCUUAAGGACGAACCAGGGCUGAUUAUUCCAGCUGAUGGUCAGUUCCUUCCGUUAGUUAUAGGGAAGGAUCAGACGACUCUGUGCUACCAAUGUGAACCUAACUCUAUCAAUUCCUUCGUUGGAAGACUCGAUUCAGAGCUGCUCUUUUGGAAGAACGAGUACAACUUCAGGUCUGCGUACAACGGAGAUUGUUUCGUCAAAGAAGCUGCUGUUGUCACUGCUCAUGGCCUGGAGGCUUACUAUGAGAUAGAAAAUAAUUCUGGGAAGGAUCUAAAGUUCAUCUGGAAGGAUAAUAAGAACAAUCUGGCUGUCAAUGAUGUCUCCGUUGAUUAUCAAGGAAAUUUUGUGCCCAUACCUUCGGGUGAGACAAAGAAAUUCAAUUGGCGCAUGCUUAUCAGCAAAGGAGUUGAUAGCAAGGUUAGGGUUGAACAAGGGAACAUGACCUUUGAGAGCGGAGGUGUUUACACGGUAGAGGUGUUGAAGAAAAAUGAGGAAUUCUUGGUACUGAAAGGAGACAAACCGGUUCUCAUUGGGACUAAUAGCAGUGUGCCUAAUGAUUAUGUUCUGUAUAAAAACAAAAAAUAUCGACGAGAUCCUAAGAAUUUUAUGUAUCGGUUAGAGUAGAAUUUUAAAGAUUACAAUUGAGAUUUAUUCUUUU